AUGAACGAGCUGCAGCUGCCGCCCGAACUGCUCGAUGAGAUUGCCCAACACAUCCAAGGCUCAGCUAAUAUCGCAUCGUGCUGCUUGGCCGCUUCAGUUUUCCGAGACCCGUGCCAAAAGCGUCUGCUUUCGUCGCUGCAUCUCGAAAAUUCAGCAACAAGCCGACGGAACUUUAGAAGUUACAAAGAGACGGCAGCGCGCUUCACGGAGGCGCCUCAUCUUGCCCUAUACGUGACUAACCUCACUAUCACCUUGCGCUGCUCUGAUCUCGACACUGAAGCCGCUAUCGCAUCGAUUUUUACCUGCCUCACCCGGGUUCAAAAGUGUAACGUCGUUGGGACUGGCUCUCGCUCCCAAUGGUGUGAAAUCCCAUCCAAAGUCACGACUCCCUUUGCCGCAUGGCUGACUCAUCUACCCACUGGUGCUUUACGGGAGAUGCGAUGUGGAUUCCUCCACGACAUCCCUCGAGUAAUCGUGCACAACAUCCUGCGGACAGCCCGCUCCUUCAUUUUCAUAAUGGCCAGCGUGGAGAGCAGUCCCUCGGGGACUGUGCCUGCUAGCCGCCAAGUAAUCACGUCGAGAAAGCGCGAGCUGCUCAUCAUUGAAAGCCCUCAGCUCUAUACUGGUCUGGCGGAACCCGAAUUUGCUCCAUAUUGGGGAAAUCUGGGAAGGCUAAGCGUCACUGCAAAUCGACCAUUCUCCGAGCUCUGCGUUGCCGCUACCGAAAGCCUCGAAUAUCUGACAAUCAUUCUGUUUGAUCGAAUUCCAGAGGAUCUGCGCCCGCAAAUUGGCUUUACUCGACCGUUAUCCAGCUUGAAGAAAUUGCAUAUUCCCCUAGCCGGCGAAUCGCAGUUGCAGAACUCGCAAGAUUUGACUCUAUUGUGGUUCUUUGUCAGCGUCCUUGCGCCGAUCCUUCGAUCCCCUAUUACACCGGUCUUAGAGCAGGUCGUGAUAUCGUUCAAGCCGACGAAUUUCGUCUCCGACGUCGAUGAAAACAUGGUCUAUAGCUUCACACCAAACGCCACGAAUCUCCUUAACAGGCUAGAUGACAUGGUUAUACAACACGCCAGCCUUCGUUGUGUUCGCUGGGCAAUCCAGCUUCGGGACCAAGCUAGCUUGCGGGCUUUCUCAGAUGCAUUGAAGCAGCUGCUACCGAAAAUGAGCAUUCAAGGGAAACUUAUCGUUAAUAGAACUGAAUGA